AUGCUUGAUAUUCGACACAAUAAAUUGUGCGAAAUUCCCCCCGUCGUGUAUACACUGCACAAUCUGACUCACUUGCUUAUGCGAUUCAAUCGGAUCCGGGUGCUGGAUGAAGAGAUCAGCAAUUUGAAGAAACUUCAAGUGCUCAGUUUACGCGAGAACAAGAUUCGCAGUCUACCAACCAAUCCUGGGAUUGAUGAACUACGACAGCUGAUCACGCUGGAUCUCUCGCACAAUCAUCUGGAACAGCUCCCGGAUCAGAUUGGUUCGUGUCAGAAAUUGAGCACAUUAAAUUUGCAACACAACGAACUCCGCUUCCUGCCCGAUUCUAUCGGAGAAUUGUCUUUGCUCGAACGGAUCGGUCUCCGAUACAAUCACCUCGAAUGCAUCCCGGCCUCGUUAGCACGGUGCAACAAUUUGUUGGAACUGAACAUUGAGGGUAACAAUAUUUGGCAGCUCCCGGAUGGUCUUUUGGCACAUUUGAAAAAGUUGGCCAGUGUGGCUCUAUCUCGAAACUAUUUCAAUUCCUUUCCCCUUGGUGGCCCGCAGCAGUUCACUUCUGUCCAAUCCCUCAACAUGGAUCACAAUCAGAUCACCAAAAUCCCCUUCGGUAUUUUCUCACGCGCUUCCCAUUUGGCCAAAUUGAAUAUGCGAGACAACCAGUUAGCCUCGCUACCCCCCGGUAAGUCACAUGUGUACACACGAAUGACUUUCACAUUCUUUGCUUCCUUGCUUAUCCGAUUUCGUUGA